AUGAUCUUAGGAGCCAAUCACCAGCAAAUACACAUCUCGCUCAUGGACACACCCACAUUCACCGUAGGGGAGAAUGUCCUCUGCUACCACGGCCCCCUCAUCUACGUCGCUAAAGUACUCAAAGCUCAAACUGCCGAGCCGGACGAGAAAAAUACUAUAACGGGUCAAGAUGGACAGCAUUACUUUGUACACUACAAAGGCUGGAAGACGACAUGGGACGAAUGGGUGCCUGCUGCGCGUCUCCUGAAGGAUAACGAACAGAAUCGGAUAACCCAGAAGUCCGUUCAAAAGGAAGAGUCAGCCAAGACCUCCUCUAACCGGGCAAAUCAAAAGUCGAGUACUGCUGGAGCUGCGAAAGACAUAUUGUCAGCAUCGGUGGCUAGCGCAAGUACCCGCUCUGCACGUAAGGAGACGGCAACACGCGGAACUAAACGGGGGCGCGAUGCUGCAAGUGUUCUUCAUUGUUCCUCUGCCUACUCCGAGCUGAAUGUCCUGCAGGCUGAUGGAGCACGGGCGCCCGACAUGAAGCUCAAUGUUCCAGAGCAGAUCAAGGCCAAACUUGUUGAUGACUACGAGACAGUCACCAAAGACAACAAACUCGUAACUUUGCCGCGAAAUCCUAGCGUUGGUCAACUGCUCAAAGACUUUGAAAAGUAUCUCACGGAGACGCCCCCACCGCACCUCAAAGAUCCCAACCUUCUCGCACCCACUGUCAUCUCUGGUUUGCAGGUUUACUUUGAUCGAUCGCUCGCCAACCAUCUACUGUAUCGCGUGGAACGUCCUCAGUAUACUCAAAUCCGGGCUAAAUAUAUCACUGGACAAGCUGUUGUGAUUGGACAAGAGAAGGAAAUGAGCGAAAUCUACGGGGCUGAGCAUCUGUUGCGAAUGCUCGUCAUUCUUCCGGCAAUGGUCUCGCAGUCAACCUUGGAUGGGGAGUCGGUUGAUAUUGUACGAGAAUACGUCAACGAAUUGCUUGCGUGGAUGCUUCAAGAGCAAUCGCGACUGUUCUUACCGGAAUAUGCUGAACAGAGCAUUGCUUAUCAGAAUGUGGCCAGAUCUUGAUAUUGUUACGUGACAUGAAUGUACUAUAAACCUUACUCUUGUUGUUUGAUUUACAUAUAUAUAUAUUUCAGAGUAUCCGAGUAUUCACUUUCUUCGAUCGGAGGUCUGCGCCUUUGUUAUCUUAUCUCAAGAGAGCGACAGAUCGCAUCUAGACGGCCACGUGAUCCAUAGCAAACUUGGACUACGGCGCACACCGCCGUGCGCACGCUACGGCCAGAUGGAAAACUCGUUUCAAGGACAAAGCAACCGGCGACCGGAUUUGAAGCGCAAACUUGUCGUUGUCGGUGAUGGUGGCUGCGGGAAGACUUGUUUGUUGAUCGUAUACGCUGAAAAUCGAUUCCCGGAGGCAUACAUUCCCACCGUCUUCGAGAACUACGUGACGCAGGUCAACUUCGAAGGCAAAGAUAUUGAGUUGGCACUGUGGGACACUGCCGGGCAGGAGGAGUACGAUAGACUAAGACCACUGAGCUACCCGGAAAGCGACGUCAUUCUCAUCGUCUUCUCCGUCGACUUCCCCACUAGUCUCGCGAACGUGCAAGACAAGUGGUAUCCUGAAGUGGCACACUUCUGCGAGGGCACGCCUCUGAUUCUCGUUGCUACCAAGACGGAUCUCCGCCGCGACGAACAAACGCGCCGUAUGCUCUCUGCUCAGGGCCAAACACCCGUCUCUCCGGAACAGGGGUCCGCAGUGGCAAGGGAGAUUGGUGCCAAGUACAUCGAGUGUUCUGCGAAGACGGGGACUGGUGUGCAUGAAGUGUUCAAUCUCGCACUCAAGGAGAGCAUGCGCGGCAAGUGGGGCAAGAUGGUGAAACAGAAGCGCUGCCUGGUCGUGUAAGACUGGGAGGUGUCUUGGCACUGCCCUAGCUUUCAAGCUUCGAGAUCCAUCUACAUACUGACUGACCCGCUUCUGCGCUCGUAUUUAUAGUCUCUUCUCUGUUCCUCUCUGCACAGCACAUCAUAUAGCAUCACUGUAUCAGGACCGACGCAUGUCGUGCAAUUCAUUUCAUCUCUGUAUCUGGGA